AGUGAGGCGGGCAUAUAGAGGGUGAGAGAGACAGAAGCACACAGAGACGCCAACAGUGGGAGCGAAACCAAGAAAGAACGAGCCUGUUUGGAACCAUUCAAGAUAGGGGAACAUACCAAUCUACAGCUCGUAAAAACGUUCAUUUUAUUUCGUUCCUUUCGAGAACCCACGUGGGUAUUCGUAUUCAAAGUGAAAGGCAAGACCCAGCCUAGACAGACAACUUCACAGACGGGCGUGGAUGACACGAGCAGAAAAUACAUGUGAAGUGGCACUAUAAAGAACAGCAAUACAUAUAUACAUUUCUUUAUCAAGGGGCGUGUUAUUGUUGAUCAGAACCCCCCAGAUUCGUUUUUUUUUCAUAACCCCAUUUUUCUGAAGUUGGUAGCACAGCGGACAACAAAGUUGCCAUGGAAACUGUUCUGGUCUUCCUCUUUUCCCUCCUAGUGUAUGUUGCUGCGGUGUCCGAUCCAAACGCUAAGGAUGGCAAGGAGAAAGAGGUGGACCCAUUCGAAUAUGACUAUGAGAGUCUGCGGAUUGGAGGGCUGGUAUUUGCUGUCAUACUAUUCACUCUAGGAAUCCUCCUCAUCCUCAGCCGCAGGUGCCGCUGCAGUUUCAACCAGAAACCUAGGGCCCCUGGAGAUGAGGAAGCUCAAGCCGAGAACCUCAUUGUCUCUAAGGCAAAAGAAGCCCCCAAAACUGAAAACUGAGGCAGCUGUUCCAGACUGAAGACCUCUGCGUGUCUGCCGCUCAGCCACCACGGACGAUAACGACAAUGAAGACACCAGUCCUUCACUGCAAGAAGAGAGGGGACAGGGGGGGGAUUUGAGGGGUUUUCCUGUAAAUAAUGCUCAAUUGUCCUGUCUCGUAACCAGUGACCAUGUAUGUCUGCCCGUACCCCAUCCAUUAGUCGUGUUACUCAGUGGUGUCCUCUGCCCAGAAGCUCCUAAAUCCCUGUGCUGUCUCAAGGUCCUCUCUGUUCUCUGCUGUAUGUUUUUAAUCGUUUUCCUCUUUAGGUUUUGAUAGUUAUUUGUUUUGAUCAUUAUUCUUAUCCUCGUCACUUCUAUGGACACUCUUGUUAUUCUCAUGAUAAUUGUUACUUUUUGCAGUGUAGAAUAUAUAUAUAAAAUAUAUACACAUAUAAGAAGACAGAUAUAUAUGUGUGUGUGUGUGUGCGUGCAUGUGCUUGUGUCUGGAUGGUGUUCUGUGUAUGUUCAGCUGUGUUUGAGUGGUCUGUUGUGUAUGCGCGUUGGAUGGUUUGUGUAUGUGAAUGUUCAUGCGUGUAUGUGUGUGCGUGUGUGUGUUUGUGUGCGUGCGCGUGUGUCUCGUGUGACAAUCCAGCCAACUCAGCUCAUGCACCAAUCAGGAGAGAGACUGCAGAGCCAGACCCAAAGCAGGGUCACGUGACAGGCGGUGGUGUCUGCAGCUGUGCAGCUUGGUGUGGGGCUCACUGUGUGUCCCACUGCUCUCGUUCCUGUGGCGUCUGUCACCAGGGGGAUGCAGACAGGGGACCUGCCCAUGGGUCCCCUGCGGUCCCGCACUCUUACCGACAACCUGUGAGUGUACAAGAAAACAACAGAACAAAGCCCCAACUGAUUAAGCAACCGUUUCGUCGUUUAAUCUCAAAUUGCCAGACCAUUACAGCCAUGUCUGAACACAGUGUCAGUGCUUGCUUAUAGUGUGUGUGUGAGAGAGAGAGAGAGAGAGAGAGAGAGAGAAUGUUUGUGUGAAAAGGAGAGAGUGUGUGUGUGUGUGCAUGGGUUUGUGUGAUGAGAGAGAUUGAAUUGAGGAUCCAAAGUUCUCAUAUAAAACACAACAGUAAUAUAGAAGCAAGGGGAAAACAGUUGGUAGACUUAGAUCAUGUCCUGAGUAUCAAGAUUGAAAAAUAAGCAAUUAAGAAAACAUACUGUAUGUACUGCUGUGCUGGAAAAGUGUCAUAUCAGAUUGUGUGCUUUUCACAAACAAUUAAAAAAACCAUGUCCACA